CCCUCUCCGCGUCGCUCCUCAGAGCCGGGACGGCGGGGCGGGCCUUGCGGCCCAGGCCCAGGCCCAGAGCCCGCCCCGGCCUCAGGCCCUAUGUAAAGUUGGCGGUGUCCGAGUCUGAGGCCGCAGUGAGACUCACGAGCCUGGUCCUUGCCCACGCGCAGACGCCCUCAGCGCCCCGUCUCCCGAGGACAGCAUGCGGGACUACGACGAGGUGACCGCCUUCCUGGGCGAAUGGGGUCCCUUCCAGCGCCUCAUCUUCUUCCUGCUUAGUGCCAGCAUCAUCCCCAAUGGCUUUAAUGGUAUGUCAAUCGUGUUCCUGGCGGGGACCCCGGAGCACCGUUGCCUUGUGCCUAACACCGUGAACCUGACCAGCGCGUGGCGCAACCACAGUAUCCCGUUGGAAACGAAGGACGGACGACAGGUGCUUCAGAGCUGCCGGCGCUACCGACUGGCCACCAUCGCCAACUUCUCUGCGCUGGGGCUGGAGCCCGGACUGGACGUGGACCUGGAGCAGCUGGAGCAGGAGAGCUGCCUGGAUGGCUGGGAGUACAACCAGGAUGUCUUCCUGUCUACCAUCGUCACUGAGUGGGACCUGGUGUGUAAGGAUGACUGGAAAGCCCCACUCACCACCUCCUUGUUUUUCGUGGGUGUGCUGAUGGGCUCCUUCAUUUCGGGACAGCUCUCAGACAGGUUUGGUCGGAAGAACGUGCUGUUUUUGACCAUGGCUAUGCAGACUGGCUUCAGCUUCCUGCAGGUCUUCUCUGUGAACUUCGAGAUGUUUACUGUGCUCUUUGUCCUCGUUGGCAUGGGUCAGAUCUCCAACUACGUGGCAGCAUUUGUCCUGGGAACAGAAGUUCUUUCCAAAUCAGUUCGAAUUAUAUUUGCCACCUUAGGAGUUUGCAUAUUUUAUGCAUUUGGCUUUAUGGUGCUACCUCUCUUUGCAUACUUCAUCAGAGACUGGAGGAUGCUGCUGCUGGCUCUCACUGUGCCAGGGGUGCUGUGCGGGGUUCUCUGGUGGUUCAUCCCUGAGUCCCCCCGAUGGCUCAUCUCUCAAGGACGAAUUAAAGAGGCAGAGGUGAUCAUCCGCAAAGCCGCCAAAACCAACAGGAUCGUUGCACCUUCCACUAUCUUUGAUCCAAGUGAGUUACAAGACCUAAAUUCCAAGAAGCCUCAGUCGCACCACAUUUACGAUCUGAUCCGAACCCGGAACAUCAGGACCAUUACCAUCAUGUCCAUAAUCCUGUGGCUGACCAUAUCAGUGGGCUAUUUUGGACUUUCUCUUGACACUCCUAACUUGCACGGGAACAUCUAUAUGAACUGCUUCCUUUCGGCUGCUGUUGAAGUCCCAGCGUAUGUGUUGGCCUGGCUGUUGCUGCAGUACUUGCCCCGGCGAUAUUCCAUCUCUGCCGCCCUCUUCCUGGGUGGCGGUGUUCUUCUCUUCAUGCAGCUAGUGCCUUCAGAGUUGUUUUAUCUGUCUACUGCCCUGGUGAUGGUGGGAAAGUUUGGAAUCACCUCUGCUUACUCCAUGGUCUAUGUGUACACAGCUGAGCUGUACCCCACUGUGGUGAGAAACAUGGGUGUGGGGGUCAGCUCCACAGCAUCCCGCCUCGGCAGCAUCCUGUCUCCCUACUUUGUUUACCUUGGUGCCUAUGACCGCUUCCUGCCCUACAUCCUCAUGGGAAGUCUGACCAUCCUGACAGCUAUCCUCACCCUCUUCUUCCCAGAGAGCUUUGGUGUCCCUCUCCCAGACACUAUUGACCAGAUGCUAAGAGUCAAAGGAAUAAAACAAUGGCAAAUCCAAGGCCAGACCAGAACUCUAAAAGAUGGUGAAGAAAGCCCAACAGUCUUAAAAAGCACAGGCUUGUAAUACCCACUCCAGAGGCUGAGAAACUGGAUGGAAAACCAACAUGUUGUCAGAAAUGCUGUCAAUGACCCAGGGCUUUUCUGUUUUGUCGACCGUGUGUCUGAUGUGCUCUUGGAUGGGGGCAUCUAUCCUGGAGAGCCACCUUCCUUCAGGGACACCAAGCUAACUACAGACAGCUUGUACAUCCCACUACAGAGACGGACUUGGGCCCUCCACAGAAGUUAAUGAGUCUCUUGAACCAGUGGGACUUGGAAGACUAUGAAAACAUCUGCUAGGCAUGCUUUGUUAUUUUAGAAGACCUAAUAAGGUCACAGAUAGAACCACAGGUCUGUUUUUCCUCCUUUCCCUAACUGAAGAACUUACAGGAAAAGGAGUGGAUGUGGCUCAGUGGCAGUGUGCUUGCCUGGAUGCCCGGGGCCCUGGGUUCAAUCAGAUGCACCAGAAGGAAAAAAAAAAAUUAUUUUUAGAAAGUAAUGAUUCCAUGGGGAGUUUGAUUUCUCAUCUUUUCUAAGUUACAAAAAUCCUAACUUUGAUUAUUUUAACCCACAACUGAAGAACACAAGACCUAGGGAACCCUAAAGGAAACUAAAGUGGAAGCAGGUAUGUAAGGCAGGCAGGCAGUGUGGGCACUGAGAUGGUUCAGUCCCACAGCCAUCUGUGCUGUGUGUCUGGUCAGAGUCCCAGGAUUGUCACACCCUGUGAGAAAUCCACUGUUGAGGACAAGGCGUGGCUUCCACUGCUGGGUAAAUCAGAAUUCUGGCUAUCACACACUUACCUGUGUCUUGAAAGAAAUGCAUGGAGAACAAGGCAUCCUUUCCCUCUCUCAGCACUGUCAUGGGGGUUGUUUGGUUUGUCAUCUGCUGUUGUGUCUCAAGUCACCCUUCUGCAAAGACAUGGCAACAGUCUGUGUAUUUCUCGGCCCAGGAUUACCCUGGCUGUAGUAUGCAGUUGCCACCACCCAGGGCCUUCCCAGCUUUAGCCACUAGCACUGCUGAGUGCCAAAAACAACACUAUGCUUGUUCCUUUUACGCUGUAUAAUCAUGGGGAAAAUUACAAGAAGAAAUGUAAAUUGUGUUCACAUUCUCUCAGGGUUGCUGUCUGCAGCCAUGUAACAUCAGUGGGUAUUUUGUGUUCCGUGCGGUUGUCUUCUCUUCAGAUUAUGUUGCCAUGGUGCUGCUAAAGCACACACUUCACCUACUUAAAAAACAAAAACAGACAGACAAACAAAAGAAAAAGCUGUAUUUUGUGAAAGCUACUGAAGUGCCUUGGGCAAUGAAAUCGUUUUAAUAAACAAUGAUUUUUUUUUUUUAA